AUGCCGGGUGAAAAUGAAUGGAAUGAAGAUUUAUUUGGUUGUUGUAAUGAUUGUGGUUCAUGUUGUUAUGGAUUUUGUUGCACACCAUGUUUAUUUGGUUCAAAUGCCAAUAAAAUCAGUGGAAAAAAUUGUUUUUUAAUGUGUUGUGCAUAUGGACUUUUAGCAAACUGUUACCUAUGCUUUAUUCCACAUAUGAUGGAACGACAAAAAAUGCGUGAAAAAUAUAAUUUAAAAGAAAAUCCAUCAUGUGGUGACCUUCUAACAACGUUGUGUUGUGGCCCAUGUGCACUUUGUCAAGAAGCUCGUGAAAUGAAAGGCAGAGACGCUCAACCAAAAGUGGCUUUUAAGGCUGGUGAAGGUCCACCAGUUAUUUCACAACCGAUGUAA